AUGCUUACUCGUCAACUGUCAAAAACGUUAGGUGCCGCAAGAAGGGUGUAUACACGCAACUAUGCGCAAGUGCUCUCAGUUGGUAGUAAGAAAGUUCCCAUGUCUAACUUUGAACCUGACAAAUACAUAAAUUAUCAAAGAAUUGAAGAUAAUCUGGCCAUUGUAAAAAAAAGGCUUCGCCGUCCAUUGACUCUUUCUGAAAAGAUAGUUUAUGGCCAUUUAGAUAAUGCUGCUGAACAAGAGAUUAUCCGUGGAACAUCGUAUCUUAGGUUACGGCCGGACCGUGUCGCUUGCCAAGAUGCUACUGCUCAGAUGGCCCUUCUUCAAUUCAUGUCUGCUAAUAUUCCUGAAGUUGCAGCUCCAACAACCGUUCAUUGUGAUCAUUUAAUUGAAGCUCAAGUGGGUGGCCCAAAAGAUCUGGAGCGUGCAAAAGAAAUUAAUUCUGAAGUAUAUAAGUUUUUGUCCUCUGCUUCUGCUAAAUAUAAUAUUGGAUUUUGGCAUCCUGGCUCUGGUAUCAUUCAUCAGAUCAUUUUGGAAAAUUAUGCCUUUCCAGGUGGUCUAAUGAUAGGUACUGACUCUCACACACCAAAUGCUGGUGGAUUGGGUUCUUUGAGUGGUUGGACUGCUCCAAAAGGUCUUUAUAAAGAUGUUGCUGGUAUUUUAACUGUUAAAGGAGGCACUGGCGCUAUAAUUGAAUACUUUGGUCCUGGUGUUGAAUCUUUAUCAUGUACGGGUAUGGCUACAGUAUGCAAUAUGGGAGCAGAAAUCGGUGCCACUACGUCUCUCUUCCCAUUUAACAAACGUAUGAGCGAUUUUCUCCGUGCUACUAAACGCAGCGAAGUUGCUGCUUAUGCCGAGUCAUUUGCUCACAAUUUGCGUGCUGAUGAAGGUGCUGAAUAUGAUCAAUUAAUUGAAAUCAAUUUAUCUGAACUUGAACCUCAUCUUAAUGGUCCGUUUACACCUGAUCUUGCCACACCUAUAAGUAAAUUCAAGGAUGCUGUGAUAACGAACGAUUGGCCAGUAGAACUUAAAGUUGGUUUGAUUGGUUCAUGCACCAAUUCUUCAUAUGAAGAUAUGUCCCGUGCCGCCUCUAUUGCUAAACAAGCACUUGAUCAUGGACUUAAGGCUAAGUCUACGUUCACCAUAACACCUGGAUCUGAACAGAUUCGAGCAACCAUUGCACGUGAUGGACAGGAAAAGAUAUUAACUGAUGCCGGUGGUAUUGUUUUAGCAAAUGCCUGUGGCCCAUGCAUCGGCCAAUGGGAUCGUAAAGAUGUUAAAAAAGGCGAAAAGAAUUCAAUUGUUACAUCAUAUAACAGAAAUUUCACAGGUCGUAAUGACGCUAAUCCUGCAACUCACGCCUUUGUUACUUCUCCUGACAUUGUCACUGCAAUGAUCUUCGCCGGUGAUCUACGUUUCAAUCCUCUUACCGAUACUCUUACUGGCGCAGAUGGAAAGUCAUUCAAAUUUGUUGGUCCAAGUGGUAACGAACUACCUCCUCGAGGAUAUGAUCCUGGUGAAAAUACGUAUCAAUAUCCUCCAAAGGAUCGUGUUUCAGUUCAAGUAAAAGUAGAUCCCAAGAGCAAUCGCCUUCAACUAUUACACCCAUUUUCCAAAUGGAAUGGUAAGGAUAUAGAACAAGUACCAAUUUUAAUUAAAGUUAAGGGUAAAUGUACCACGGAUCAUAUUUCUGCGGCCGGACCUUGGCUUAAGUUUCGCGGUCACUUAGACAACAUUUCAAAUAACAUGUUGAUCGGUGCUCUGAAUGCUGAGAAUAAUGAAGUUAAUAAAAUAAAAAAUAUUUUCACUGGAGAGUAUGAUGCUGUCCCUAACGUUGCUCGAGAUUAUAAAUCUAAAGGAAUCCCUUGGGUUGUAAUCGGUGAUGAUAAUUAUGGUGAAGGUUCUUCAAGAGAACAUGCAGCUCUUGAAGUACGCCAUUUGAAUGGAUGUGCCGUAAUUGUGAAGUCGUUUGCCAGAAUUCACGAAACAAAUCUAAAAAAGCAAGGCCUUUUACCACUUACAUUCGCCAAUGCUUCAGAUUAUGAUAAAAUUGACCCGUUUGAUAAGGUAUCAAUUAUUGGUCUGACAAGCUUUGCUCCUGGAAAGCCUCUUACACUUAGGCUUCAUAAAAAAUCUGGAGAAACUGUAGAUAUACCUGUCAAUCAUACAUUUAAUGAAAAUCAAAUUGAGUGGUUUAAAGCUGGCUCUUCUUUAAAUAAAAUGGCUGAAAUGGCUGAGCAAAAGUUUCAUUAA